UUCCUCUUCUUCGCAGCCGCAUUUAGUCUUUGGGAGAGGCAGAAAUUUCAUCUUCUUCGCAGCCGGCAGAAGGGAGACGCAGAAAUUUCUCGAUGUGCCUUCUUUCCUAUCUUCACCACCUUCAGCCAGAUCUCAAUCAUGCGCAUAUAUCUACACCCUCACCUCGUCAACCUUAGCCGCUAGGCAUUUUCAAGCACACCGGCACCAUCGGCACUUUAUAAGUUUACCGGCGAAUCUUCCGACUAUGUUGAAGAAUCUGAGCCUUAAUCAUCAACUAACUUUGAGAGAUAAGUAUUUUUUCGCAUAGAUUGUGAAUUAAUUUAAUUUAUUUCGCCCAAAUAAAUGCAUGCCAAUUAUAAUUUCAUUACUAUGUCAUCAUCGUUAGUAUAAAAUGAAUGGAAAUUUGUAAAUCUCGUUUUAAUCCAGUCUAGGUUGAUCAAAAAUCCUGUUUUUUAAAUCCGGAUGAAAAAAGUACGCCUUUGAGAUAAUACACAAAUGCAAUUGCAAUUGAACACAUUUUAUUACAUUUAAACAUAUGUUAAAAUUAUUUGCUUUCUUUUUUACAAAUGUAUAUAUGCUUUGAAAACGUGAUUUUGUUAUUAACGGAUUAAAACAUCGUGUAUUCAGCUUUAGCUACAUACAUUAAUCAACAUAUUCUAUGAAAUAAAGUUAAACUUUUUAUUUGUAUUUUUUCUUUAACAGUAUCUUCUACUUAUUCAGUGAACCAACCACACAUUAAUAUAUUCCUUUUUUAUCUUAAUAUCUGGGCAUUUUUAAAUGCCAAGUUGUUACUAAGCCUAUACUUUAUUUAAAUUUUAUAUAGCAUCGUAAUAUACUUAUACAAAGUUGUCUCAUUUUACAGAAGCAAAAACAAAGACCAAUACGCAAAUUUGGAGGGCAACAAAUUAAGGAGAAAGAAAGUGUUUGAGUGAACACAUCUUCAAAUCUGUUCACUGUCCUUCAUAAUUAACUGUUGAGGUGCCUGUAUUUUUACAGAAGGUAAGAUAACUCAUGGAACUACUUAAAGCAUAUCUACGUUUCCUAGCAGGCAUUCAAACCUAUGCAAUUUCUUAAUUUAAGAUUAAUUAAGCAUCUUCAGUAUAGCCCAACACCCCGUUCGAGCAACGGCCAACCAGCAAGUGGCCAGGUGCAAUUAAUGUCAGAUUGUGACAUCAGCAAGUGGAAGCAUGGAUGACCAAGUCGGUGGAAAAACGGCCAAUCAGCAUGGGGCAGCCCAUGCUCUCCAUUAGUAUAAAUAGAAGGUUUCAAGUCAUUGUAAGGGUUAGCAUUACAAUACUCAGGCUCUAGAAUAGCAUCAUUGCUCUUAUUUCUUGUAUUAAAGCAUAGUUUCCGACCUACCGAUCGGGAAAUUCCUUGUAAUCAGAUUGGUUAAUUAAUACAAGUGAGCUUUCGAGUGUUAGUUAGUUCAGAUCUUAUAUUUUUUACACGCUUUGAUUCUGGGCCAUUCCUGAUAUAUCCAAAGUUCGUGUUGGGCUUUCGGAUCUACGGGAUUUACCCUCAACAUUGGCGUCGUCUGUGGGAAACUUGCAAAAAGUUUCACUUUCAAAUCAUCCAAAAAACCUCUAUUUUUUCAAAAAUGGUCAGAAUCAGUUCCUAUCAUACAAGCGACGGUUCACGCCGUCACGAGAGGAGUCACACCCCGGGGAGUCAAAACCCUCAGGGACAAUCCAGUCGAGGAUCGUAUCCUCGUUUCGAUGGGGAUUUUGUGAUUCCUGAAUCUCUGAGAAGAAAUCCUCAGGCCAUGCUUGACAUGGCCCAGGUCAUGCAGCAUAUGGCGAACGAAGAGGAAGGAGGUUCCAGCUUUACAGGGGAGACUCCACGCACGGAAACAACCAUGGCGUCAUCCCGUUCACAUGUCCAUCGGGAUAAUCGACGUAGCGCCCCACCAACAGCGCACCACAGUCCCAGUGACCGAACCCCGGUCGGAUCACAAGCUAGAGGACCAACUCCCGUUGGUCAUCAUUUCCAGUAUGCCGAGCGGGAAAAUAAUAGGGCCCCUCAGCGGCAUUGGGACCGGGACUGUACGGAUAUGAGGGCUCCACCACCGCCCCCUUUGACGGCCCAGGAGGAAGAAAUGGCCGAGAUGAGGAGGCAAAUGAACGAAAUGCGAGACCAGAUGAACAGGGUACCUGUACAAACUGCCCCAGUUCAGCUGGGAAUUACUUCCACGUUUACUAGGGAACUCAUGUACGCAGAUAUCCAAGGGGGUGCCAAGCCCCCGACCGGCCAAAUUUAUGACGGGAUGGGAGAUCCCCACGUACAUCUGAGGAGUUACCAAGGGGGACUCAUGCUGCUAGGAGCACCCGAGGCCGCCAUUUGCCGGUUGUUUUUCAGCACGCUCAGGGGGCCUGCCCAGGAGUAGUUCGGGACACUGCAGCCCGGGUCAAUCAACAGCUUUGCCGAGUUAUCAGCGUUAUUCUUGGCUCAGUUUGCUUCCAGUGCCAAUCCCAAACGGCACUUCUGCUAUUUGACCAGCGUGAAGCAAAACGCCAAAGAGACCCUCAAUCGAUUCCUGAAAAGGUGGAGGGAUGAAACUUUAACGGUGGGAAACAUGACGGAUGAUACCGCCAUUACCCUAUUCACAAAUGCUCUCCGAACGAGGGAGUUGUACAAAGAGUUGAAGAAAAAUCCGGGUACGGUGUACGCCGAGGUAUUAGAUAGGGCUCACAAGCAUGCCGCCUUAGAAGAGGAGAUAAUGAUCAGGGAUAAGGUCAUUGCGCCUGCUGCCCCGAUCAGAAUGGCCGAUCGCCUGGGUCCUAGACCAACGGCCGCUUUACCUCCCAAACAAGGGAGAUUUACACCCCUGGUCCUAUCAAUAGCGACCAUCUAUCAGCACGAGAGGGACAAUAUUCCCAUCCCGACUGAUUCUGGACAGUUCAUGGGAGUGGAUGAUAAUGCUUUCUCUAAAUAUCACAACAGAAAGGGUCAUGCCACCAAUGCCUGCAGGGCCCUACAAACAGCCAUUGAGGAUCUGAUCCGAAGGGGCCAGCUGGGCAAAUAUGUGAAUAAAGAUCCAAAUGCUAUGGGCACGUUGAAACCGGCCAGGAAACCUAAUAGCUGGUGCCGGGAUGCUCAACGUGACGCCCAACCUCAAAAUGAUGUGUAUGUUCCUCCCAGGGAUGAGCCAGAGGGCUCGGGAGGCCCUGGAAAGAAGCCUCGAAUGGAGGUCAAGGUGAUAUUUGGGGGCGGGGAGACCGGAGAUUCGAACGCCGAACGGAAAAGGUUCGAGCGAAGUCUUUAUGUGGGAUCCGUCUCCACUCCCCCCCAGAAGAAAGGAAAGACAGACCCGAUCACGUUUGGGCCAGCUGAUUUACCCAACUCUCCAAGCCCUCACAGGGAUGAACUGGUGGUAAGCAUGUGUAUUGACAAUGCUUUGAUCCGCCGAGUACUGGUCGAUACCGGGAGCAGUGUGAAUGUAUUGUAUUUACAAUCAUUCGAGAAAAUGGGUCUACAAAGGAGCCAACUGACCCACCUACGGACCCCACUGGCAAGUUUUGCCGGUAACUGCAUCGAGGCUGAGGGGACCAUCCAAUUAAUGGUUGAAAUCGGGGAUGAAACCCACAAAGCGUCACUCCGAAUGACGUUCGUGGUAGUAGAUAUAAAGUGUGCCCACAAUGCCAUAUUGGGCCGACCGGGACUGGAAGAUCUAGAGGCAAUAGCCUCUGUCCGCCAUUCAUGCAUCAAAUUCCCUACAGACACUAGGGUUGGGGUGGCCAGAACUGAUCCAACGACAGCCCGGACAUGUUAUCGGGAGGCCCUGAAACAGAUGAACACCCGUGGGAUGCGGGUGAAUACAAUUGAGGUGGAAACCCACCGAACGGAGUUCGAGGCGCACCCAGAGCCCGCCACCCUUCUUGAACAAAUCGACCUCAAUUUCCCCCCGAACCGUAAGGUGGCUAUCGGGGUAGAUCUGGAGGCUGAUAUCCAGGAUGACGUUCAAAUACAAAGUACUCCUUAUAUGAAAAAUGAGAAGUAAUCUUAGCCGUUAAAAUGAGAAAAUGAGUGGAUCAGAUCAUUUGAGGGAAAAAUUCGGUGCCAAAAGUGUAAUUAUUAAAAGUUUUUUUUGAAAAAUAACGUCACAAAUGUGCAUCACUACGGAGGAAAAGUGCAUUAGAGUAACAAAAAAGUGCAUCACUUUUCGAGAAAAACAUAACAAGUAUAAUAAUCGUUCCUAUUAUUUUUUUCGAAAGUGAAUGUGCACCAUUACAUAUUGUCUAUGCACUUUUGCUAUUAUGUAUUACACAUUUUGGUUGACCGUAAGUUUUGAUCUAUACCAUCCAUUUUUAAGUAAUCAAGGGUUUAGAUCACUUCUCACUUUUCAUGGGAAGACCUCUUUGUAUUAGAACUCAUCCAUAUAUAUAUAUAUAUAUAUAUUAUACACCUAAAAGCACUACACUAGAGAGAGAAAAUUCUUUCGUCUAAGCAUUCUCCGUCUAAAUUCCUAAAAUGUAAUUACAUUUUUCACAAAAAAAAAAUCAUCAUCCUAUAAUCCUAAAAUCCUAAAAUGUAAUUUCAUUCUAUACCUAAAAGCACUACACUAGAGAGAGAAGAGUUUUCUGCCUAAGCAUUCUCCGCCUAAAAUCCUAAAAUAAAAUUUCACUUUCCACAAAAAAAAAACAUUCUAUACCUAAAAGCACUACACUGGAGAGAGCAAAUUAUCCCGCCUAAGCAUUCUAUGACUAAAAUCCUGAAAUGUAAUUUCAGUUUCCACAAAAAAAAAACAUCAUAUACCUAAAAGCACUACACUGGAGAGAGAAAAUUCUUUCGCCUAAGCAUUCUCCGUCUAAAUUUCUAAAAUGUAAUUACACUUUCCACAAAAAAAUCAUCAUCCUAUAAUCCUAAAAUCCUAAAAUGUAAUUUCAUUCUAUAACCAAAAGCACUACACCGGAGAGAGAAGAGUUUUCCGCCUAAGCAUUAUCCGCCUAAAAUCCAAAAAUAUAAUUUUACUUUCCACAAAAAACAACCUAUACCUAAAAGCACUACACUGGCGAGAGAAAAUUCUCCCGCCUAAGCAUUCUCCGCCUAAAAUCCUAAAAUGUAAUUUCACUUUCCGCAAAAAAAACAUCAUAUACCUAAAAGCACUACACUGGAGAGUGAAAAUUCUUUCGCCUAAGCAUUCUCCGUCUAAAUUUCUAAAAUGUAAUUACACUUUCCACAAAAAAUCAUCAUCCUAUAAUCCUAAAAUCCUAAAAUGUAAUUUCAUUCUAUACCUAAAAGCACUACACUGGAGAGAGAAGAGUUUUCCGCCUAAGCAUUCUCCGCCUAAAAUCCUAAAAUAUAAUUUUACUUUCCACAAAAAAAAACACUACACAGGAGAGAGAAAAUUAUCCCGCUUAAGCAUUCUCCGUCUAAAGUCCUAACAAUUUUGCUAUAGGUACCCCAACCUUACCCCAUUUUAUACCCCAUAUAAAUACCUUCUAAAAAAUUUACCCCCCUCCCUUCACCUCCCCUCCCUCAACUCCCCACAACCUUCCCCCUCAUCUCCACUUCCAAAUCUCCCACUCCUCCCACCUUUUUCCUUCCCCAACAACUUUCCAAGAACUCCCUUCCCGCACCAACCUCAACAGUUCCCAACCUAUCCUCCACAACCGCCGUCCUGGCUCCCACAAAACAACCAACCGUCGUCAUGGCCCCCACGAAACAACCAACCCCCGUCCUCACCCCCAUGAACCCCUCUCCUCAACGCUCGCCGAUCUGAAAUCCUCCAUAAAUCGAAGCACGGCCCGGCGCCUCAGAUCUCUGGCGGUAAAGGCCGGUGGAAGCCCCAUCCGUCAUGUGAGGCACUAUUUCAUCAUUUUGCUAUUUUUUCCUCAUUUUUUUGGUAUUUUUCGUCCAACUCCACAUGAAAAGGGGUUGUCUGUCUGACAGACAAAUUUGAAGUGCAGCGUCUGUCUAGCUUAGCAUGGUUUCAUAAUUGGUAGAGUCUUACAUAAGAUGUCUAUCUUGACAGACAAAUUUAUUUGUUUGAGUACAUAGAGCAACUGUAUGUAUGCACAUCUUCUUAUUUUACAAAUGUAUUUUAUAAUACGUGUGAUGACUUUUGUGAUGUCUCUCUUCGGAUGUUGAAAAUUGGUUUGUAGUUCUCUAUGAAGUGAAAAGAGUUGUCUGACAUUCCAUUUGAUUUGUCUGUAAUGUGAAAUGAAUUCUUUAAAAUUGAUUUGUAGUUGUCUGUAUGUGAAAAACGUUGUCUGGCAUUCUAUUUGAGUUGUAUGUAAUGUGAAAAUAGUCUGUCUGUCUACAUAUGUAUUGCAACAAAUUGUCUGUAAUGUGAUAUAAAAUGUCUGGCCUUUAUUCAGAGUUGUCUGUCUACAGGUCGGGAGAAUGAGUGAUGGUGGCUUCCUUUGCAGAGCACCUGUAAAUGGAAAAGUCAUUGAUUCCAGGUUGCGAGUAUGCAAAUAUGUGGAACAAGGUGGAGGAAGCAUAGGAAUUGUUAUUAAUGUGGGAAUGUAUAUUUGUGGGUUGUUUUGACGAGUUUAGUUAUUUUAUAGUACAUUUUGAUGAGUUUAGUAAUUGUUAAUGUGGUUAUAUAAAAGUGUUCGGAGAUAUGAUUGUAUUUGUUAAUGUACAAAUGAAUUUGGUGAAAACCAAACAUGUACUCCCUUCGGUUCUUAUUAAAGUUCCCACUUUCCUUUUUGGGAUGUCCCUUAUUUAAGUUCACACUUC